GGCCGCGGGCCGGGCCCCACCUCCAGCACCGCAGCAUCUGGCUUGCAGAGUGAAGACUGCGGGUCUGCUUUGGGAGGUCCAGUCGCGGCGGACAUAAUGUCAAGUGGAGAUGACUGGCAGUCACAGGCUUCCAGCAAGCCCGCUUUUACUGAGAUACAAGCCUCUGCACUAGUAGAAUCAGUAUUUGGGUUCAAAGUUUCUAAGAUCCAGUCACUGCCUAGCUAUGAUGACCAAAACUUUCAUGUUCACAUUUCAAGAACCAAAGACACAACAGAUGACCCCGUCGAAUAUGUCCUCAAAAUAAGCAACACGGAGUCUAGCCAAACUCCAGACCUGAUUGAAAUGCAGAACAAUAUCAUCACGUUUCUGAGAGCAGCUGGAUUUCCAACAGCCUCUGUGUGCCGAACUAAAGGGGACAACACGAUCUCGCUCAUGUCCAUUGACAGUGGAUCUGAAGUCAAAAGCUACUUGGUGAGAAUGCUCACUUACCUCCCAGGAAAACCCAUAGCUGAGGUUGCCAUCAGCCACCAGCAAUUAUAUGAAAUAGGAAGGCUAGCAGCCCAGUUGGAUAAAACAUUGGAGGAAUUCCGUCAUCCAAAGUUAAACCUUCUUCGUCGAGAGAACUUCAUUUGGAAUCUGAAAAACAUUCCUCUUCUAGAGAAAUACUUGGGUGCCCUAAGCCAAAAUCGAAACCGGGAGAUUGUAGAGCAAGUCAUUCAGCUGUUCAGGGAAGAAGUAAUGACCAAAUUAAGCCAUUUUCGAGAAUGUAUCAAUCAUGGUGAUCUUAACGACCAUAACAUCUUAGUAGACUGCAACAAGUCAGCCUCUGGAGAUGCCGUGUAUCAAGUCUCUGGGAUUUUAGACUUCGGUGACAUGAGCUAUGGCUACUAUGUGUUUGAAGUGGCAAUCACCAUCAUGUACAUGAUGAUUGAAAGCACGGAUCCUAUACAAGUAGGAGGUCACAUCCUCGCAGGGUUUGAAAGUGUGAUCCCUCUGACCGCUGUGGAAAGGAGUGCUUUAUUUUUGCUUGUAUGCAGUCGAUUUAGUCAGUCACUUGUCAUGGCUGCACACUCCUGCCAGCUGUACCCAGAGAACAAAGAGUACCUCAUGAUUACAGCGAAGACUGGAUGGAAGCAUCUACAGCAGCUGUUCGACAUGGGCCAGAAGGCAGUAGAGGAAAUCUGGUUUGAAACUGCCAAGUCCUAUGAGUCUAGGAUCUCUAUGUGACCAGGAAAAAUUUGUAUUUCCUUGGUAAUCAAAACUCAGUUAUGAUUCAGAUCAAAUUCAUGAAGAAUUUUCUUGCAGAUUAAAAAUGAAAUGGUAAAACAGACCCACUCUAAAUAUGAAGAGGCAAAAACAGGUCUAGUUUUUACAGCAAUCUUUGGACCACAGUUUACUCUUAAGAAAGUACUACAUUAAGGACACUUUUCUAGUGUGCAAAGCCCUGGGCUCACCCUCAGCAUUACAGAAAAGGAAAACACAUGCACAACUAAGCAUGUCUUUCUGCAGGUCUUGUUUCUAAGAACCACAUAUGAUGAUGUGUGAUUUGUAAUCAGUGUCUCAAAGUCUAUUCCAGUCCUUAAAUCAACAACUUUUAAAUUGCAAAAAGAAUAAUGCAUAUAGUUAUUCACAUACUAUAUAUAUUUUAACCACCUAGCCUACAUAACAUUAAUUCUAUGUGCUCUUUUCUGACCUCACAUCUCUAGAAUCCAUUGCAUUCUGUCUUUUUCAUGGCAUUUCACUGUCUCACCUGCUCAUGGUUGUGCAGUUAUCUAGCCUGUAAAUUUGACCAUGGGACAGACCAUGAGAACGCGUGUCUGUGUGUCUCUUCUUGCACCUGUGAUAGUGCCUUUCCCACAGAAAAGUCUCUGGACACAUUUAUAAAAUGAAUGCAUGUAAAAGGAAAGAUGGGAAAACAUGGGUAGGAAUCAUGAGAAAAACAUUUAAGAACAUGGAGAGAGUAGCUCAACUGGAACUCCAGAGACAGACAUUAGACAGCAGUGGAACUUCAUGGAAGCAAAGGUAGACAUCCAGGCAAGGUCAUUAGCCCUGACAUCAGCCAGGUUCUUCAGCAGGUAGGGGCUCACUACACUGCUCACUCUGGUCUUCAACUCAUUGGUUCCCACAGUCCUCCAGUGCAGCCUCCCAGUGUGGGGCCAUAGCCCUAUACCAGAUGUUCUUCAUACUCUAUACCUGAUUGCCUUUUUUAUAGGAAUCUGUGAAGUUAGUGAAAUGAAGACCAUUGCAUAUUUGUCUUAAGUUUUACCCCAGUAUUUCCUUUACUGAUUCCUUUUCAUGUCUCUUUAAUGUAAGUAGCUAUUUACUUAUUCUUGUUGAGUGGGCUUUUUUUCUGUUUUAAGACUGGAUUCCACUGUGUUGUCUGUACUGGAAUUAAGCAUGCAAACUCCUGGGCUCAAGUGAUAAUCAUGCCUCAUGCAACCAAGUAGCUGGGACUGUAGGCAUGUGCAUCACACUCGUCCAUUCUUGUGGUUUACCCACACACUUUCUACAGAUGGCUCAGGUCCAGAACCCUGGUUAUUCACUCACAUUGUCAGUAUUCUAUGUGAGUAGGCCCUGAUACCAAAACUGCUUGUCUGUCUGUCUGCCUGCCUAUCUACCUGCCUAAAUUUCCCAAACUAGGCAUUUCUCCAAGGUAACUUGUAGGAUUCAUUUUUAACUUCUCAGUGUCUCUAUUUCCUUUUUGUAAAAUCAAGAUAAUGGUUGUACCUAUCCCAGAGUGUCAGUUGUGAGGGUUUCAUAAGGGAUCAUGGUAACCUCUUAGCAUAGACUCUGGCACAUAGUGGCAGCACAAUAAAUUGUUACUAAGUAAUAAUGGGUUACCCAAGCUCAAAAUAAUGGUGUGACAUGCUGCUUGCCUUUCUCAUAUUCAGUCACUGAACCCUGCUGCUUUAACAAAUCAGGACUUUAGGUCAGCAAUCUGGAGCAGCCCUGUCUUUCCUGCUUCAUUAAUUCUUUUAGAUAUACUAUAACCCAAUGUUUAUUGAAUGUUAUUUAAUCCAGAGCAGACUCAUAUAAAUAUUCUGAUUAUUAAUCUCCAUUUUUAGAUAAAGAAAUAGACCCUUAACCUGGUGGUGGCACACGCCUUUAAUCCCAGCACUUGGGAGGCAGAGGCAGGUGGAUCUCAGUGAGUUCAAGGCCAGCCCAGUCUACAAAGCAAGUUAUAGGACAGCCAGGGCUGUUACACAGAGAAAUCCUGUCUUGAGAAGAAAAAAAAAAGGAAGGAAGGAAGAAAGGAAUAGAGCCUUUAAAAGCUGAAUUAAUUGACUCAGAAGAGAGCUUGGGUUUAGAUCUUAAAUUAGGUGUCUGGGCUGUGACCUCUGCUCCUAAUCACUAUAUAGCCCCACACUGCUUCUUCUGCCUCUGCUUUCCUUUUCUUUCUUUCUUUCUUUUUUUUUUUUCAAGACAGAGUCUCUCUGUAUUGUUUUGGAGCCUGGUCACUCUGUAGACCAGGCUGUCCUCGAACUCACAGAC